AUGGAGCUCAUCCAUGUUGAUGGCAAGGGGAACUACACAGUGGCGGAGCGCGUGCAGCGCGCCAUGGCCAGCAGCCGGCAGCUCCUAGCGUCCUUUGUCGACGUGAGCGCGCCGGUCCACUGGAACACCAGCCAGUACAUUGCCGAGUACCUGAUCGGCAACCCACCGCAGCGCGCCGAGGCCCUCAUCGACACCGGUAGCGACCUCAUCUGGACGCAGUGCUCCACCUGCAGCCUCAAAGGAUCCUGCGUCAUGCAGGGCCUGCCCUACUAUAACGCGUCCAAGUCGGACAGCUUCCACCCCGUGCCAUGCAACGAAACCUUGUGCCUAGCCAACCGGGCGCACUCGUGCCGCCGGGAUGGCAGCUGCGCUUUCGGGGCCUUCUACGGCGUUGGCGACGCUAGAGGGUCCAUCGGCACGGAGGUCUUCACCUUUGAACACGGCUCGGUGACGCUCACGUUCGGCUGCGUCGACACGCUGAAGAUCACUCCGGGGGUCCCUUGA